AUGAAGUUCAAUCUGUAAGCAUGGCGGCUGCUUUGCUAUCAAAUCGGAAAUUCAAUAAAAUUUUAAAAAAUCAUUUUAUACUUACUAAAACAAUUCGGAAUACCAAGUUAUCUAUAGUAAAUAAGCCACAUAUAAAUUUGUACUGUAACUAUUGUGCAGUUGCAACUUAUAGGUAUUACUCAUCAUCGCCUACGAGUUCAGGAGGGGGUCAGGAUACAGCUAAAAAUGUUUUGGCGGCAGUUUUGGCAAACAAACCUAAAACUGGGAAAAUUCCAGUUGGUAUCCAAAAGAGAGACUGCUUUCAUCCAGGUGCAUCUGUUUUGUCUCGUGAAGAUAUCAACCUUGGAGAUGCAAAACCAGUGUCUGGAAUGGAUAUGGUCCGGGGGAUGAGUGAAUAUGUGUGGCCAAAGGAUAAUCCAAUGAUAAGGAACCGAGUUAUGCUGUCUUUGUCAUUACUUUUUGGUGCCAAAGUAAUGAAUGUGACAGUACCCUUUCUGUUCAAAUAUGCUGUGGAUGAAGUAAAUCUUUUAACUACUACACCCACUGGAGAUGCUUUGUUGGGCAUGGCAACAGUUCCGCAGGCUUUGGGGACAACUGCUUUCAGUUUAUUAGUUGGAUAUGGUAUUGCACGAGCAACAGCUGCUGGUUUUAAUGAACUGAGGAAUGCAGUGUUUGCCAGAGUGGCCCAGCAUUCAAUACGGAAAUUGGCCUGCAAUGUCUUCACGCACCUUCACAAUCUUGACUUGAGUUUUCAUUUGGGGAGACAGACUGGUGCUUUGUCUAAGACAAUAGACCGCGGAUCCCGCGCUAUAAACUUCGUGCUGUCCGCCAUGGUGUUCAAUAUUGUGCCAACUGUGUUUGAACUAAUAUUGGUCUCCUCUAUCCUGGGACUUAAAGGAGGAGCAGCGUUUGCUGGUCUCGCGUUCACUUGCGUGGGAGUGUAUGGCGUGUUCACUCUGGCCGUGACGCAGUGGCGCACCAAGUUCCGAGUGUACAUGAACCGUGCAGAGAACGAGGCGGGGAACAAGGCCGUCGACUCGCUCAUUAACUACGAAACUGUCAAGUAUUUUAACAACGAGAAAUACGAGUUAGCGAAAUACGACGAAAGCCUCAAGAAGUACGAGGAAGCCUCGCUGAAGACCGCGUCCAGUCUCGCGCUGCUUAACUUCGGUCAGCACGCCAUCUUCAGCGCGGGGCUCUCAGCAAUUAUGAUCAUGGCGGCUAAGGAAAUUGCACAAGGCAAUAUGACGGUGGGCGACCUGGUGAUGGUGAACGGGCUGGUGUUCCAGCUGUCCAUCCCGCUGGGGUUCCUGGGCUCCGUGUACCGCGAGGUGCGGCAGGCGCUCAUCGACAUGCAGACCAUGUUCACUCUCAUGACGGUGCAAUCACGAGUCAAGGAGAAAGUAUCGGCUCCUUUUCUCAAAGUGGACGCGAAGACCGCCACCAUAGACUUCGAGGAUAUUAGCUUCAAAUAUGUUAAUGGGAAACCGAUAUUCAAUAAGCUGACCUUCAGUAUCCCAGCUGGCAAGAAGAUUGGCAUCGUAGGGGGCUCCGGCAGUGGCAAGUCCACGAUGGUUCGGCUGCUGUACCGCUUCUUCGAGCCGCAGGCCGGACAGAUCCGCAUCGCAGGCCAGAACAUCCGGGACGUGGAUCUCGCCAGCCUGAGGCGUGCCAUCGCUAUCGUGCCGCAGGAUUGCGUAUUGUUCCACGACACGAUGCUGCACAAUUUACACUAUGGCGACUUGUCGAAGCCUCUAGAGGAGGUGUACAAAGCUGCUCAAAUGGCAGAACUACACGAAUCUGUCAAGACUUGGCCAAAGGGCUACGACACUGCGGUGGGGGAGCGGGGUCUCAAACUGUCUGGUGGAGAGAAACAGCGAGUUGCUAUUGCGCGGGCCAUCCUGAAGGACUCUCCCAUCAUCAUCUUUGACGAAGCCACCUCCAGCCUCGAUUCACUCACAGAACAUGCUAUAUUGCAAGCCUUGAAAGCGGCCACUGUGGGUCGCACGUCGAUAUGCAUCGCGCACCGACUCUCCACCGUCGCUGAUGCGGACGAGAUCCUGGUGUUGGAGCGCGGGAGUAUCAGUGAGAGAGGUACGCACGACCAGUUGCUCACAAAUAAGCAGUCACUAUACUACAGACUCUGGGAGAAACAGAAUAAAGAUCCUUUGCCGAGACCUUAAUGUUGGACUGGAUUCAUUAAAACAUAAGUAAAUCUUUUAUCAAAACUGCAACACAGAAUUUUGGUUGCUGGAAGUAUAAGAAAAACAUACUGUAUGACUGUUAUUAAUAAAUUAUGAUGAUUGUAUAAGAACAGAGAGAUCCAGUUGCUGAAAAAAAUUUCAAAACCCGUGAUUGCAACAUGAAGACUAUUUGUUGAACAAUAUAAGGACUUUUUAUACUGAUUGCAACAUGGCAGUUAAUUUAAAAGAAUGCUACAUGGAAGCUUAGUCGUUGAAAUAAUACAAGAAUAAUCCAUUAUCCUGAUUUCAACAUGGCAAUGGAGCUGUCGGAAUAAUACAAGCAUCCUUAUCCUGAGUGCAACAUAGCAUCUUAGCUGUUAGAAUAAUACAGGAAUCCUCUACCCUGAUGGCAACUUCAUGGCAAUGAAGCUGUCGGAUUAAUGCAACAUGGCAUUUGAAAUAAAACAAGCAUUCAUUAUCCUGACUGCCAGGUCGGAGUAAAUUAUUGAAAAUAAUUAGUUAUUUAUGCAACUGUUGUGUAAUAAGGGGCAUUAAAACAAGAAUGUGGGUUUAUGUGAUAAUAGUAUCAUAUGAGUGUUUUAAUACCUAACUAUCAACAGUUGCAUACAUGACUUUAUCUAAACCCAUAAUGUGAAUCUUCUAUUAAAGAUUGCCAACAUUAAAACACCCAAUAACCAUUACAUCAUCCAAACGAGUGUUGUAAUGAAAUUCAGUACAACAUUACAACACUCGUUUGGAUAAUGUAAUAGUGACUGGGUUUUUUUAUAUUGGCAGUGAGCUAACUGUUUUAGAAUCCUUAAUAGAGGAUUUAAGGCAUGGGUGUAGAUAAAAAGAUUUACGUAUUAUAUAUUAAUGAUAUAAUAAUAUUGUGAUUAUAGAGUAAGAGUCAAAUAUUAUAUUUAUUAUUAUUAUGACUUCAGAAUUAUGCUAACAUUAUGUUUAUCAUUUUGUGAGCAUGAAAUGCAUGUGGCAAUACAAUUGUGGGAAAUUCAAUUUUUUUUUUCAAAGCUUUAUCUGUUUUAAUCUAUCUUCAUCUGUUAUCUAUUUAUAACCUUUUUUUUAAUACUUUGUUAUCUAAGACAAUGGCUAUGUAAACUAACAUAUAUAAAUAUUUUCAUAUUUCCUAUUCUGGUGUAAUAAUUGUCAUGACAAUUAUAGUAAUGGUAAUGCGUGUAUGUGCUACUCGAAUCAAAGUCAGAAUAUUAUAAUUGUACAGUAUCAGUUGUUGGAUAUUUAACACAUUUUUGUGAACUGUAUCUUAAGUCAGCUUUUUGUAAUUUGAUAGUUUAGAUUUUUUUCACCCUGAAUACAAAUACAGAACACAAUAUCUUUUUGUCAUCUGACCCCACCCUAGUUCCAGGAGGCAAAAAUUUUCACAGAAAUCCUUUAAACACUUUUUAAAGGACUAAAACGCGUGUAAUUGUAACUGUGUUUUUACAUUUGUUUUGUAUAAAUGUCUUGUUAUUGUUAUAGUUAUAAAUAAAUAAAAAUACUUAUUCAAUUUAUUAUUAUAUAUUAGUAAAUUUUAUUAUAAAUAAUUAGAUUGACUUAAUGGAAUAAAAUUACAAGCUAGUCGCAAGGGCCCCUCUACUAGGUGUGGACCCAUAUUACUAGGUGCCCCCCUUAUUCAAAUUAAUUCUCAUUAGUUAAACAGACGUUUCGUGACCUUUCCAGCUCACGUUUUCAGUGGGACUGCGGUUGAAAACGUGGCUUCUUAAGCUUCUGGUAAAUCACCUGAUGGUAGCAUAUCACUAUCUCCUAUGCUACUUUGCAAUCCUAGAAGAUAGCAUAAAUGCUUUUGUGUGUGAUUAUGAAGUUUCCUCUUUAUCUCAUAAUAACAGGGCACAAUGACACCAUUGCCUUGCAGACUCUUUUUGUGGUCAUUAUGACUAGCUGAUAUCGACCUUUAUGAGGUCACUAUAGUGUUACUCAAAAUUAAAUAGAUAUCACAAAAGUUUCAUGUAGCAAUACUACGAAAUUGUGUUUUAUUGCGUCAAGAUUUUUGUUUUAAUUCAAUUGAAAUAUUUAGACUGACUAAAAAUAAAAUCCACUAUUCUUAUGUUAGGGUAUAUAUAACUUCUACGUAAUAAUAAUUUUAACAAAAAUUACUUGUGACACACGACUAUAUGAGCAUACACAUUAGGUUGAGCUCACAAUAGAAGGGGGGAGGGUAAUGUCAUCUUGCUUUGUAUCUGCCACAUCCUUUAUUUUGCCUUACCCUUUCAUAAAAGAUUUUCUCAAUUGAUUGAUUGAUUCAAUCUUUAUUCUGUACACGUUUCUUGGAAAUCCGUAGUCCAGAUAAUAUCCAAUGUACUCUUGGUACAAUAAAUCUGUGUAUCAAAUCAAAAUCACUUUAUUCAUGUAGGUCACGUAAAUGACACUUAUUUUUAAACAAAUAUUUUUAUUCAAUUUCACCAUACUUUACAUUAGAAAAUUUGUAUUGGUGGAGUGAAUAUUACUUAACGGCCGUUUUCAAUAACCUAUCUACAUGAAGCAUUGCACUAUAACUAUAUUAGACAUAACUAUGGAUAGAUAAGAUCUUGUCAUUAAACGGUGACAGCAAUGUAUCCGUAACUAGAGAUACGUUAUUGAAAACGGCCGUAGAUCAACUAGAUAACAUAACUACAGUAAAAUUCGCUUAACACGUUGUCACAGGAACCCAACCAACAACGCGUCUUAAGCAAGAUGCCGGAUAGGGAAAUAAAACGUACCUAGGUACUACAUAAUAUUGUCCUAAUAUCGCAUAUGUAGGUAUUAAAUUAAAUUGUUUUUAAUUAAAUACAAAAAGUGUAACUUUAAUUACUUUUAUUAUAGUCACUUAUUUUGGUAUAAAAAAGAUUUUGAUGCAUUAAAAAUGACAAGAAUGACAGGGACUGGCGUUAAAUGGCGUAUUAUGCGAAAAAUUUUAUUAAGCGGGCUCUACUGUAUUUGUGAUAUGAAAUAGGUUAUUUUUGAAAAUACUUGUUUAGUCAUUGUAGGAAUUUGAUUGUUGGACUACGGAACUCAUAGACCUAUUUUAUAAUUUAAUAAGUUACUGUAUGUGCAGUGGCAGACAUCCUGUUGGUAAUUAUUGUAAUGUCAAACAUAGUGUUUUUAUGUCAACAAUUUGUGCGUGUGUGUGUAAUCUCAUGUCAAAAAUGAGUAGGACAAAAUACAAAGAUUAUAUAAUUCUAACUUAUUUAAUAUCUGUAUGAUGCAAAUGUAUUUGUUAUUGUAGAUAUUGUUAUUUAUGUAAAGUAUAAUGUACAAAGUGAUGUUGAAUAAGUAUAUUAUUUUGUUACCAAA